CUCUCUCCCCACCAGGCGAGGCAGGAGGAGUUCGUUCCCCAGGGCUCCUGUGCGUGAAGGACAGAGGAGGAGGAAGACGAAGGUCACUGUGGGUGUUUGCCAGCAAGACGCGCUGCGCAGGAUCCCUGCCACUCUUAUGAGGUGAAGGGGUGGUCUCAGUGGUCCAGAGCGAGUGGGAGAUGGAGCUCAGUGUCCACCCAAACCCAGGGAGCAGGCAUCAGGGACACCGUGGCUGGGGUGAUGAUGACGAGCCUGCUGACCGCUGCCGGCCCGAGAUGUCAGCCGGUGACAAGAACGGGGGCAGCCGCUCCAGCAGCAGCCGCCUGCAGAGCAAGAAGCCCCCCAACCUCUCCAUCGUCAUCCCCCCCCGGGAGGCGGAGGAGGAUGGUGCCCACAAGGAGCCGUCCAAAGUCCCCAUCUACCGAAAAAGCAAGAGCCUUCAGGAGCCCCGGCCGAAGGGAGGAGAUGGCUCCGAGCGCCGGCCCGGCUUUCGCCGGCAGACUUCCCUGUCCCAGAGCAUCCGCAGGGGCACGGCGCAAUGGUUUGGUGUCAGCGGCGACUGGGAGGGGAAGAGGCAGCAAUGGCAACGCAAGAGCUUGCAGCACUGCAGCAUGAGAUACGGGAAGCUGAAGCCUGCCUACCGCGACAUGGAGCUGCCCAGCCAGGAGGUCCCUUCCUUCCAAGGCACCGAGUCACCCAAGCCCACCAAGAUGCCCAAGAUUGUGGACCCGCUGGCCAGGGGCCGUCCCUUCCGCCAUCCCGACGAGACAGACCGUCCCCACACGCCCCACCACGUCCUGCCACCGCUCACCCCUGGUGUUGUCUCCUUGACGUCCUUCAACAGCAUCCGCUCCGGCUACAGCCGCCUGCCACGCAGGAAGAGAGAGUCCGUCGCCCACAUGAGCUUCAAGGCGGCUGCAGCCCUUCUCCGCGGACGCUCUGUCUUGGAGCCGCUGGCUCCCAAGCCAAGGAUCAACAAGAGGACCUUCAUGUACCCCAGCUUCAUGGACGAGGACAUGGUGGAUGCUGCCGAUACCCUGGACUCGUCCUUCUUCAGUAAGAUGGACAUGCACGACGAGACGUACUCCAUGCCUGAUGAUGUCUUCGAGUCGCCACCUCUGUCGGCCACCUGUUUACGCACGCACCCAAUGGGGGAGGAUGCCAGGACGUCCCCCGAGGUGGAGCAGCCCGUCCCGCAGGAGGGUGUCCGACUGGCUUCGGCGGGCGCCGAGGCAGGUCCCCGGCGAGGCAGGCGCAUCGCCUCCAAAGUGAAACACUUCGCCUUCGACCGCAAGAAACGCUACUACGGGCUGGGGGUGGUGGGGAAGUGGCUGAACAGGACGUACCGCCGCAGCCUGAGCAGCAUCGUGCAGUCCCAGCUGGAGAUCACCGACAGCCACCGCCCGUAUUUCACGUACUGGAUCACCUUUGUCCACAUCCUCAUCACCCUGCUGGUCAUCGGCACCUACGGCAUCGCCCCCAUCGGCUUUGCCCAGCACGUGACGACAGAGUUAGUGCUGAGGAACAAGGGGGUCUACGAGAGCGUCAAGUACAUCCAGCAGGAAAACUUCUGGAUCGGGCCCAGCUCGAUCGACCUGAUCCACCUGGGAGCCAAGUUCUCCCCCUGCAUCCGGAAGGAUCAGCAGGUGGAGCGGCUCAUCCAGCGCGAGCGGGACCGGGAGCGCAGCUCCGGCUGCUGCGUCCAGAACGACAAAUCGGGCUGCAUCCAGACCCUGCCCCAGGACUGUUCGGAGACACUGGCGACCUUCAUCAAGUGGCCGGGCAGCAACGCGCCCACCAUGGGCCAGGGUGAGAAGAGGACAUCGGGGGCUGUGUGUCACCAGGACCCCAGGACAUGUGAGGAGCCAGCGUCCAACCCACCCCAUGUGUGGCCAGACGACAUCACCAAGUGGCCGAUCUGCACCUACGAGACCAAAACCAACUACACGGGCUUUGCCCACAUGGACUGCCAGAUCAAGGGCAGGCCCUGCUGCAUCGGCACCAAGGGCAGCUGUGAGAUCACGACGCGGGAGUACUGCAAGUUCAUGCACGGCUACUUCCAUGAGGAGGCAACGCUCUGCUCGCAGGUGCACUGCCUGGACGAGGUCUGUGGCCUCCUGCCCUUCCUCAACCCGGAGGUCCCUGACCAGUUCUACCGCCUGUGGCUGUCCCUCUUCCUGCACGCCGGCAUCAUCCACUGCCUGGUGUCGGUGACUUUCCAGAUGACGGUGCUGAGGGACCUGGAGAAGCUGGCGGGCUGGCAUCGCAUCUCCAUCAUCUUCAUCCUCAGCGGCAUCACGGGCAACCUGGCCAGUGCCAUCUUCCUGCCCUACAGGGCAGAGGUGGGCCCCGCCGGGUCCCAGUUUGGCUUGCUGGCCUGCCUCUUCGUGGAGCUCUUCCAGAGCUGGCAAGUGCUGGAGAAACCCUGGAAAGCCUUCCUCAACCUCUUUGGCAUCGUCCUCUUCCUCUUCGUCUGCGGCCUCUUGCCGUGGAUCGAUAACAUCGCUCACCUCUUCGGCUUCCUCAGCGGCCUCCUCCUCUCCUUCGCCUUCCUGCCCUACAUCACCUUCGGCACGGUGGACAAGUACCGCAAGCGAGCCAUGAUCAUCGUCUCCUUGCUGGUCUUCGUGGGGCUCUUCGCCUCCCUGGUGGUCUGGCUCUACGUCUACCCUGUGAACUGGCGCUGGAUCGAGUACCUCACCUGCCUGCCCAUCACCAGCAAGUUCUGCGAGAAGUACGAGCUGGAGCAGGUCCUGCACUGACCCCACGGGCAGGAACGGGGCUGGGAGAGGUGCUGGUGGUGAUGGAUCUCUAUGGAGUUGGAUCAUCACCAUCCCUGCUGGGAUGGAGCAGACCCCAGGCACGGCUUCAUCCCCGGGGCUUUGGGCUUGGGAGCGGGGCUGGAGCCACCCUGCCUUGCACCCCUUUGGGGCUGCCUCUUGGUUUUUCAAGCCGUAACUGAUUUGGGGACCGACCCAGGACCUUGGCUGCUGCCCAUGUGGGGAAAGGGCCAUGAGAAAGUGGGUUUUUGGUGUUUUCUUGCCCAGGUUGGGCUCCUGGCCCUGGGGCUGAAGCUGCCCAGGUCUCCUGCCUGUACCCCAGCCCCGUCCCACCUCGGUGCCCCCAGGUGCUGCAGCUCAUACUGUGAACACGACCCCCUUUUUUGCAGGGGCAGGUUUGUUUGGUUUUUGUUUGUUUGUUUUUUUUAUCCGUGGGUCUUUGGUCUGAGAGUUUCCCCAGCUUUGGGCUCCCUGGGACCUCUGCCACAGCUCUGAGAUGUUCAGAGCUGAACUUUGAAGGUAUUUCUCAGCCCUGCUCUCUCAUCUGGUGCUCCCUUAAGGCUGUGGAAGGAGGCUUGUGCUUCCCCACGUGGGCUUAUCACUGGAUGGAGAGGCAGGACUUGGUGCAGGGAGGGGUCCUUUUCCCCUUAUUUCAGUGAAAUUCCCUUUUUGGAAGCAGAGAAGUGGCACGUACUGUCUCUAGUGCUGUGCUGGGAGGCAGGCAUGGAGAAACACCCUGGGGGGCUUGUGUGGCUGCUCCUGAAGCCCACAGACCCCCUUGGGAAGCCAUCGAUGCUCCCACCUUUUGCUUCUGCCUCCAGUCCCUGCUGUUACCCCUUUGCCUUUUUCAAAGCAUGGAGACCCAGGUAGGCCUCCCUGCCUUAAAGGAGAAGCACGGGAUGGGGGCAGUUGCCUUCCCUGCCCAGGGGCUGCACAUCCCUGCCUGCCACCAGCCCUGGGCUGCUGUUCUCCACCAUCUCCUUCUCCCUCCCACCCACCUCAGUGUAAAGGCAGGUCCUUCCUGGGGUCCGGGUGACCCUGCUGGGCUGGUUUGGGCCAGGGCUGGUGCUGGGCUGUCUCUCCCCCAGUACGUGUCGCUUUGGUGCUGGUGGGUCUCAGUGCUGGUAAAUGGGGGAAGGUGUGAAUUCCCCCCCACCGGGAUGUCCCGGGAUGAGUAUUCAAGGGCUGGGAGCUCAGCUCCCUCUGGCCACAGCCACAUUCCAGGAGCUCUGUGACCCCCGCAUCCCUCCCUCCACCACGGGCCAGUUUUCAGCCCCGCUCCGUCCCUCCGGUUGCUGCUCCAGCCUAAAACAGACACUUCACCUCAUUUGUCUCUUUUUGAUACUUUUUUUUAAAAGCUGUGGGUUUGUUUGUUUUUUUCCCCUCUUUAAAUAAAUUUCUACUUGUA